GCUAGCAGACGAGUGUUUAUGCUAGCGAGUUCAUUGUACAUUUUCGUGUCGCUCGAAUUACCGUUGUACUUUUGUUAAAGAAAAAAAAAACAACCUGUUGUCGUGUUUAAACGUUAGAAAAUGGGGCGAAAGAACUACAGAUAAAUGACAGGAUACGUAGCAGAGACCCGGAAGAGCAGACAGCCAUGGAGUUUCUCCCUGUACUUGACCCUCUAGACAAACCCAAAGAAGGAUUAUGGUAUUCUUUAAUACCCAGGGGAGAUGCUCCAGGUGUGAGUGUGGGUCACACCUGCACAUAUGUUCCACCUGGAGAAGGAGGAAAAGGAAGAAUCCUCAUUGUCGGGGGAGCCAACCCCAGCGGCAGUUUCUCACAUUCACAUAUUAUAAAUCUAGAUAAUCAUGAAUGGGACAUUGCAGAAUGGGAUGGUUUGGAGGCGCGGUAUGAACACUGCAGCUUUGUACCAGAGAGCCACCCACAGAGUCUGUGGGUGUUUGGCGGGGCACAGCAGACUGGCAAUCGCAGCUGCAUCCAGAAUGUACAACUAACAGACGGUGAGCCUCGCUGGAAAAAUGUAGUGGCGAAUGGGAAACUCCCCAGUCCCAGGACCUACCACACCAGCUCAGCCUGCCUAGAGGACAAACUGUAUGUCUUCUCUGGUGGGGAAGCAGGAGCUGCACCUGUCUCAGACCCCAAACUUCAUGUCUUCGAUACAGUAUCUUCCACUUGGUCCCAACCAGAAACACAAGGCAGGCAACCUCCAGCCAGACACGGCCACAUUAUCACAGCAGUGGGUUUAAAGAUCUACAUUCAUGGAGGCAUGGCUGGAGAGAAAUUCCACAAUGACAUGUACUCUCUUGACUCAAGGAGCAUGAAGUGGGAGAAAGUGCAGGCCAAAGGAGAUAUCCCACCUGGAGUAGCAGCCCACUCAGCUGUGGCGCUGGGCAAAAACAUCUACAUAUUUGGAGGGAUGACUGCAGAUGGAGCCACCAACUCCAUGUACAGAUUCAACACUGACAAAAGUAGAUGGAUCCUAAUGAAAUUUGAAGGAGACGUGCCACCUAAUCGCCUUGACCACUCCAUGUGUCUGUUGCCAUGGAAGAUGUGCACUGAGGGGAAUGGGGAUGAGGAGCAGGCCAACAGCUCAGCAGCCUCUGAGACAAUCAAUCUGGCUUUUGUAUUUGGAGGGAUGGACACUCAGGGUGUCAUAUUUAAUGACUGUAUUGUGACUGUUGUGACAUGAAGAGCUUUGAUGUAAUAAAACAGUAUUAAGUACUA